CAUCAGCAUAUAUGCUCUUCUCCUGAUAAAUAUUUGCACGCAAUUGUGAAUAUUUAAUGGCUGUAUUAAGAAGUAGCAUACUGUCAAAUGCAGUUUUGUUUACAUCUGUUGCGGCAUUUUACAAUUUAAUAAAAACACAAGUCUGUUAUACUUAUUCAAUUUUAAUUUUUCUUUUGAAAAAUAAAUUAAUCACAAAAAAAUGGGGCAAUCCAAUAUGUCUUUAGAGGAAUUGAAAGCAUACUUCAAAACACAUGGAAAAAUACGUGAACAAAAGGCGCACACAUCGAAGGUACAUUCUGUGGGUUGGAGUUGUGACGGUAGACGUCUGGCAUCUGGUUCCUUCGACAAAACGGUAGCGGUGUAUACGCUUGAACGUGAUCGUGUGAGUAAGGAGAAUACCUAUCGUGGCCAUACCGGUUCUGUGGACCAGCUUUGUUGGCAUGCAACAAAUGCAGAUCUGCUUAGUACAGCAAGUGGUGAUAAGACUGUGCGCAUUUGGGACAUACGCGCUGGCAAGUGCUCCACCGUGACAAAUACAAAAGGUGAAAAUAUAAAUAUCACAUGGUCACCCGAUGGCAAAACUAUAGCGGUUGGUAAUAAAGAAGACUUGGUGACAUUCAUUGAUACGCGCACAAAUAAAAUACGCGCUGAGGAACAGUUUAAUUUUGAGGUGAAUGAAAUUGCAUGGAACAAUACAAGUGAUCUGUUUUUCUUGACAAACGGUAUGGGCUGUGUGCACAUCUUAAGCUAUCCUAGUCUUGAAUUGCAACACGUGUUGAAAGCACAUCCUGCUACUUGUAUUUGCAUUGAAUUUGAUCCUACAGGUAAAUAUUUUGCAACUGGUUCAGCAGACGCGCUUGUCUCACUUUGGGAUGCAAACGAGUUGGCUUGUUUGCGUGUGCUAUCUCGUCUGGAUUGGCCAGUACGUACGAUAUCCUUUAGUCACGACGGUAAGCUAUUGGCAUCGGCUAGCGAGGAUUUGCUUAUCGACAUAGCGCAUACGGAGACGGGCGAAAAAGUUGCUGAUGUCACUGUAGAUGCUGCAACUUUCACAGUAGCAUGGCAUCCCAAACAAUAUUUACUCGCCUAUGCGUGUGAUGACAAAGAUGGCAAUGAUCGAAGACGUGAAGCGGGUAAUCUCAAAGUUUUUGGGUUUUCGGAGUAAUUGAUGUUUUGGAAAUGCAUUGAAAAUAAAACUAAAAUUGACUUAGCAAAUAAAUAUACUUUAUUCGCU